CCAGCGGUGAAGUUGCUGUAUAACAGGAGCAACAACAAAUAUUCCUACACCAGCAACUCCGACGACAACAUGCUGAAGAACAUCGAGCUGUUUGAUAAGCUGUCCCUGAGGUUUAAUGGCAGAGUGCUCUUUAUAAAAGAUGUGAUUGGCGAUGAGAUCUGCUGCUGGUCCUUUUACGGGCAGGGGAGGAAGAUCGCCGAAGUCUGCUGCACCUCCAUUGUUUAUGCUACUGAGAAAAAACAGACAAAGGUGGAGUUCCCCGAAGCCCGCAUUUACGAGGAGACGCUGAACAUUCUGCUGUACGAGUCCCAGGACGGGAGGGGACCCGACAACGCGCUGCUGGAAGCCACAGGAGGGGCAGCCGGCCGCUCCCAUCACUUGGAUGAGGAUGAGGAGCGAGACCGCAUCGAACGCGUGCGAAGAAUCCACAUUAAACGUCCGGAUGACCGGGCCCAUCUGCACCAGUGAGCCGAGCGGCAGCCGCAGACUGCGCAGCUCCGGGCGACGGCGCUGCCCUCCGUCCGAGCCAUUCGUCUGCAGCAGAGGCCCAGGCGCUUUGACUUCUGUCCAACAAAGUCUGUACAUCACGUUUCGUAACAAACUCGAUUAUUUGGGGUAUUUAAAUGCGGUAGUUUUAGGACGAGAAUAAAUAAGGUUACUGGGCAUGCGAUGGAUACUGUAAGGACCUGUUGAGCAUCUGGAGAAAUGCCCUGAAUUU